UUCUCUCUCUCUCUAAAACCACCAAAACCAUCUCCACUUUCUCUCUCUACAAACCAUUCCACUCCCUCCUCCUCUCUCUAGCUCAAUCUGAGAGCCGACGCUGAAAUGUCAAAUCGCGGCAGCUCAACCGGUGGUCGUGGCGGCGGAGGCCGCGGCGGCCGAGGAAGAACAGGUCCCGGCGGUCCGGCCAGAGGCUCAGGCUCCACUCCUGCUCCUGCGCCUUCUCCGUCGCGUGCUCCUGCGCCUUCUCCGGCGCACUCUCCUGCUCCUGCUCAGGCAUCGUCGAGCGCGGCUCCGGCUCAGCCGGGAGCUGGCUCCUCGUCGGCGGCGGCUUCGCUGGCGAGCGAGGUGGAGCAGAAGCUCUCAUUGGCUCCGGCGACGCUGCCUCCGUCGACGGCCAAGGCAGUUAGGUUUCCGGCGAGGCCGGGUUUCGGUACGGCCGGUAAGAAAGUCCAAGUCAGGGCUAACCACUUUCUGGUGGAGAUUCGUGAAAGAGAUCUGCAUCACUACGAUGUCUCAAUCAGCCCCGAUGUUCCUUCAAAGAAGACCAACAAAGACAUCAUCAACGAGCUGGUUAAGCUGUAUGCUGAGUCUCACAUGGGGAAGAGAAUGCUAGCCUACGACGGCAUGAAGAGUAUCUACACUGCUGGACCUUUGCCCUUCUCUUCAAAGGAGUUUGUGGUCAAGCUACCUGAGAGAGAAGGUCGCGGUGGACCUAAAUCGAAAAGGAAAGAUAGGGAGUUCAAAGUCUGCAUUAAGUUGGCGAAUAAGCCUGACCUGUAUCAGCUACAGCAGUACUUACUGCAGAGGCACCAUGAAACACCACAAGAGACCAUCCAAGCUCUUGAUGUUGUUCUUAGAGCUGCACCUUCGCAGAGAUACUGUGUGAUUGGUAGGUCAUUUUUUGACCCAUCUCUUGGUCACAAAGGUCCGCUUGAGAAUGGCUUGGAAUACUGGAGGGGCUAUUACCAGAGUCUAAGGCCUACUCAAUUUGGUCUAUCUCUUAACGUUGAUAUCUCUGCAAGGGCCUUUUAUGAGCCUAUUCUGGUGACAGAGUUUGUGAAAAGACACUUGGGUCGCAAUGAUCUCUCAAAGGGUCUGUCGGACCGUGAUUGUCUUAAGCUGAAGAGAAACCUGAAAGGAGUCAAGGUAACCUGCAUUGGCAGCAGGACCCAUCGAAUUACUGGGGUGACUUUACAGCCACUAAGCAGAUUAACGUUCACUCUCGAGGACAAGCAAACUAAAGUGUUUGUGAUUCAAUAUUAUCACGAGAAGUAUAGUAUUGACCUAAAACAUGUGGCUCUGCCUGCCCUUCAAUCUGGAAAUGAAUCAAGACCUACUUAUUUGCCCAUGGAGCUUUGUUCGAUUGUUCCUGGGCAGAGAUACACAAGGAAACUUAAUGAGAAGCAAGUAACAAACAUGCUGAGAGCAACUUGUCAACGGCCAAAGGAGAGGGAAGGCAAUAUACAGGAGAUGGUGAGGCGAAAUAAUUACAAUGGGGAGCGUCUUGUAAGCAGUGAAUUUGGUAUUAAUGUGAAAGAACAAAUGGCACUAGUGGAUGCUAGAGUGUUAGCACCUCCAAUGCUAAAGUACCAUGAAAGUGGUCGUGAGAGCACGGAUACUCCCCGGAUGGGUGCAUGGAACAUGAUCAAUAAGAAAAUGGUUAAUGGUGCCCGAGUGGAUCAUUGGACAUUUGUCAAUUUCUCCUCCAGACUCCGUGGAGAUUUUAAUGAUCGCUUUUGUGAAGAUCUUGUCAACAUGUGCAACAGUAAAGGAGUUGUGUUCAAUUCAAUGCCUUUACUUCCAGUACAGUCAGCUCAUCCUAAUCAAAUUGAGAGGGUUCUCAGGGAUAUUCAUAAGCAGUCUGUUCAGAGACUGAAAGAGAUGGGACAAACCGACAAACAUCUUCAGUUGUUGCUCAUCAUCUUGCCUGAUGUGACAGGAUCUUAUGGCCCCAUCAAAAGAAUCUGUGAAACGGAGCUUGGGAUUGUCUCCCAGUGCUGUAAUCCUAGCAAAGUCAUGAAGCUUAGUAAGCAGUAUCUUGAGAAUCUGUCCCUUAAGAUUAAUGUCAAGGUUGGUGGCAGAAACACUGUGUUAAAUGAUGCCAUUCAGAGAAGAAUUCCUCUUGUCAGUGAUCGUCCUACAAUCAUUAUUGGUGCUGAUGUCACCCAUCCACAGCCUGGGGAAGACAGUAGUCCAUCCAUAGCAGCAGUGGUUGCCUCAAUGGACUGGCCUGAGGUCUCUAAGUAUAGAGGAAUUGUAUCAGGACAGAAGCACAGAGAAGAGAUAAUUCAAGAUCUUUACAAACAAACUCAUGAUGAAAAGCGAGGGGUGGUUCAAUCUGGAAUGAUUAGAGAACUUUUCAUUUCAUUCCGAAGAUCGACUGGGCAAAAACCGCACAGAAUCAUCUUCUAUAGGGAUGGUGUCAGUGAAGGCCAGUUUAGCCAAGUACUGCUUUAUGAGAUGGAUGCAAUACGGAGGGCCUGCGCUUCUUUGGAAGAGGGGUAUAUGCCACCUAUUACUUUCAUAGUGGUGCAGAAAAGGCACCACACGCGUCUUUUCCCAGUUGACAACCAGGCAGAUAGGAGCGGCAAUAUUCAACCAGGAACUGUGGUGGAUACCAAGAUAUGCCAUCCAACAGAAUUUGAUUUCUACCUCAAUAGCCAUGCUGGAAUUCAGGGAACAAGUCGACCGACUCAUUACCAUGUACUGUUUGAUGAGAACAACUUCACUGCAGAUAAGUUGCAGACUCUCACCAACAAUCUCUGCUACACUUAUGCAAGGUGCACACGCUCGGUUUCUAUAGUUCCUCCUGCCUAUUAUGCCCAUCUUGCUGCAUUCAGAGCACGAUACUACAUUGAGGGCGAUACAUCUGAUGGUGCUUCAAUUGGCAGAGGCAGUGGUGGCAGUGGUGGACAGAGCCAAGUUGUUCCGAAUGUGCACGACUUUGUUAAGGAUGUCAUGUUCUUCUGCUGAACCAGAGUCGAGAUAACCAACCGUCAUAGCCUCUUUUGUGCAGUUGCCUAUUUUUGGGAUUAGGCACUUUUUUUAAAUCUAGUAGGCCUCAAUAUAGUCAGUCUUUUAGUUUACACCAGACAGUCUAAUCUAAUUAGCGGAUGUUGCUAAAUGUAAAUUCCAUAGUUGGGGCAGCUAGAAGUACAUUUGGUCAGUGGCCUUGGUCAUCAACUAUCUGCGUCUUUUGGAUAUGAUAAUUCUCCAAAUCAAUACCUUAUUACAUGUGUUUCUUGCUA